AUGAGUGGGGGCUUUGAGACUGUCCGCGUUGACAUGCCGCAGAACCCCUUCUUCACCCACGUUUUGGAAUGCAGGGGUCACGACGAGGGUCAUGGGGCCCUCUUCGACUUUCACUGGGAGCAGCACAACUAUGGUACCGAUCCAUGGCUUGUUGCCAGCGCUUCUGGAGAUCACAGUAUCCGUGUAUUUACCCUGCCCAACGGGAAGCACGUCAGGACACUGUUUAAGCAGGGCGGUCACGUGGAGUGGGUCACCUUUGUUGCGAUUCUCCGGUCGGGCGACAUUCUCAGCGCAGGCCUGGACGGGCGUGUCAUCUCGUGGGCGAAGGGUGGCGCAAAGGGGACGGAACAGGUUCAGAUGGGAUCGAUCGCCAACGGGUUCUUCGACAGGGAAACCCAAGAGAGUGUCUUCGGAGGGUCCCAUGCAACGGUCUGCCUCAUGCACCAAACAAGGCUCGUUUGGCAAACGUCUGUCCUGCCAAAGAUGAAGGCGGCGCCCAAUCUAAUGACCUGCUGCAUUUUUGGGGGAAAGUAUGUGGGCAUAGGCGCCCGAGACGGAGGUAUCUUCGUCCUCGACAAGAGCAACGGAGACAUCCUCUGGAAGAAGAAGGCCUUUACACAAUCUGUCAUUGCGUGCUAUCCAUUCGGUAGCAUGUGUGUUUUCGGUGGCGCCGAUGGUCAGACUAUCUUUGUCAAUCCAGGGGGGUCGACUGAUGCAGCAGCGGUUGCCUCUUCUUGCUCCGACUACUUAGCAUUUCCAAGUAACAAUUGCGGGCGAGUCACUGCAUUCACUGCCGACGAUGAUCUUCUCUUCGUAGGCCACUCAGAUGGAACUCUCGCUAUUUAUGAAAACUAUGAAGGAGAUAUCUCUAAACUCAACCAUGUAACCAUUACUGAUAAGGUUCCAAUCAUGUCUAUUGCGCAUCGAUUCGUGGAGAAAACCUUCUUGAUAUAUUGCGGGCACUCUGACGGAACACUCACGAUCUGGAACAAUGAACUAGAAGAGGUAGUCCUUAGGGUUCCUGUGUGCAGAGGUGGGAUUAAUAAGAUAGGAAUCAAUGAGGAGGCCAAGGUCACGGUUGUGGGGGGAGAUGACGCGAUACUCCGAGUUCUUGGCAUGAAGAAGUAG